GCCGUACGAUGUGAGCCGGUUUAUGAUAGAAUGCGACAUUUGUAAAGACUGGUUUCACGGCAGUUGUGUUGCAGUAGAAGAGCACCAUGCUGUGGACAUUGAUGUUUACCACUGCCCAAACUGUGAUGUCCUUCACGGACCUUCCCUGAGUAUGUAUCCCCGUCUCUUUGGACUGCAAAAAUCUAUUUUCAUUUAAGCUCUGCUUAUUUUUCCACUGCCCUGAGGGGAUAUUGUUACCCUGCUAAUUAAACCUUGUAAUUAUCAGAUGGAGACAGGAACUGAAUGAAUGUCUGGUUUAACUGGAUUCAGAGUGUCUGGUCAACUGUACUGCUAUGUGAAGAAGCGAAACAACUGGCACAGGCAUGACUACACUGAGCUAGAUGAUGGCAGCAAGCCAGUGCAAGCUGGCACUUCAGUGUUUGUGCGGGAGCUGCAGGCCAGGACCUUCCCUAGUGGGGAUGAAAUCUUGGAGCGAAUGCAAGGCAGUCAGGUCACCCAGCAGUAUCUUGAGAGGCACGGGUUCCGCUAUCCCAUCGCUGUGUCCAAAAUGGAAGGGCUCGGUCUGCGGUUACCUCCGCCAGAUUUCUCCAUCAAGGAUGUGGAGCGCUACGUUGGAGGGGACAAAGUGAUUGAUGUCAUCGAUGUGGCCCGGCAAGCAGACAGCAAGAUGAAAUUGAGCACAUUUGUAAAGUAUUUCUACAGCCCAAAGAGGCCAAAAGUACUAAAUGUCAUCAGCCUGGAGUUUUCAGACACCAAGAUGUCAGGGCUGGUGGUGGUGCCUGAUAUUGCCCAGAAGAUGUCUUGGGUGGAGAACUACUGGCCUGAUGACUCUUACUUUCCCAAGCCCUUUGUGCAGAAAUACUGUUUAAUGGGCGUUAAAGACAGCUACACUGACUUCCACAUUGAUUUUGGGGGCACGUCUGUGUGGUACCAUGUACUAUGGGGAGAGAAGAUUUUUUACUUGAUAAAGCCAACACCAGCCAACCUUGCACUAUAUGAGCAGUGGAGCUCGUCACCCAACCAAAGCGAAGUGUUCUUCGGGGAGAAAGUGGACAAGUGCUACAAGUGUGUUGUGCGGCAGGGAACAACGCUUCUGAUCCCUACAGGAUGGAUUCAUGCGGUUCUCACCUCUCAGGAUUGCAUGGCUUUCGGAGGGAACUUCCUCCAUAACCUCAACAUUGGCAUGCAGCUCAGGUGCUAUGAGAUGGAGCGGCGUCUUAAGACUCCAGACCUCUUUAAGUUUCCUUAUUUUGAGGCAAUUUGCUGGUAUGUAGCAAAGAAUCUACUAGAGACCCUCAAAGAAUCUCGAGAAGAGAACUACCUGCCUCCAGGUUACCUGAUCAAGGGAGUGAAAGCUUUGAUUACUGCACUAAGGAACUGGCUAAAGAGAGAGUUCACAGAGCCAGCCAGCGAGGUCCCUGAUCAUAUCAGACCCAACCAUCUCAUUAAAAUGCUCACCAAGGAAAUCCACUACCUUGAGGAGUAUAAGAAUGGGAAUUGCGGAAGCAAGCAAUUGAAAUCUCAGGAAAGCUUAGCAUGCCCAUCCACGAGGUCAUCGCACGAGAGAGGAUCUCAUGCACGGAGGAAUGCUAGACGUCUUCGUGACCACCACCAUCACCACCACUGUAAUGGCCCCAAAGUCCUCUCCAACCUAGACAUCUUCGAGCAGCACACACAAGAAGUCUUAAAACGACUGGAGACAGGUCCUUAUGAGGAGGAUGCGUCCUUUAACGUGAAGGUCAACGGAAAGUUCAACAAGGUUUCUACGGCAUCAGCUGCAAUGGUGGAGCGGAGCUUGGGCAGUGACCUGCGUCUGAUGCUGUGCAAUGGACGUAUUAUCAGAGAUGACAGGCAGCAUCUUGGAGAAAAGCAAGUGAAGAUAAAUGAAAAAGAGGGUUCCAGAGAUCCGAAGAGGGAUUCACUCAAGAUUAAGAUUGUAGCAAACGAGGAAGAACAGGAAAUGGAUAUUCACAUGAAAGAGGAGGCACAAGAUAAGCACAGUCAUGUCGCCAGAGAAGUGAAGCCUCUGUUCUUCACAGUGAUAGAUCUUCAUAAAAGAGAUCGUUCAGAUCUCAGGAACAGAGAAUCAGAACAUUCAGAGGUCUCCUCAGACUCUGAAUCAGAGGAAGAGAAGUACACUACACGGAAAAAAAACUGCUCGGAGGAGGAAUCUGAAAGCUCCUCAGAGGAAGAGGAGGAUGAAAGUUUGAGCAGGCGAAGCGGAAACGACCGAAAUGAGACCAAAUGUAGCUCCAGCUACAUGACAGACAUGCAUCACUCCAGACAAAGAUUUGAUGGUUUUGAGAAGUGUCAUAAAAUUGAAUCCGCUACCUCACCAAGCACAGAAGAGGAUGCCAUCCAGGGGAUGCUUUCUAUGGCAGGGCUGUUGUAUUCCCACCAAUCAGAGGAUCCCACCAGUUCACAGGAAUCCUGGUGGUCCAGAACCAACCAUCCCUCCCCAGACUACAAAAGAAAGGAGGUUGUAUCAGGAGAGGAGAACCAGGAUUCAGACAGCAGCUCUUCCAUGAGCAAUCAGGAGUUCAGGGAGCAUAAGCAUUCAGAAGGAGGUUGUCAUGCCAAACUCAAGCAUAGGAUCCAGGAACACAUGAACUUCAUGGACAGUCAGGGCAGUGGCAGCAACAGCAGCAGUGAAGCUUGGAGCAGUCGCACACACUCCCCAACCAAUGGAGACAGCCCUACAAUGAGCUACCAAUACUGUGAGACAUCUCUAUCGCCACCCCUACAUCCCUCCAAGAGGCCUGCUUCAAAUCCCCCACCAAUCAGCAAUCAGGCCACCAAAGGGAAACGUCCUAAGAAAGGCAUGGCUACAGCUAAGCAGCGAUUGGGCAAGAUUCUCAAACUGAGCAGACACAAACCCUUCUUUGUAUAGAGCUAAUGAUGGCAGCAGCCCCUACGGACGAUUUGGGAUGCCGAGCGUGUGUGCAAGUGUUUGUGCACCUGUGUGAGUGCAUUCACACAAACACUCACGGAGAGCGUGUUUUUAUGGCGACCGGAUAUAAAGUGUGCAUGGUUCUACACACUGGGUCAAAGGCAUGGAAUUGGAUACCAUUCAACCUUUAAAGCGUGGUUCUUCACUGCUAAAUUGAUUUGACAAACUCCAGAAAGGCAUAAAAAGCACUUCAUCUACAUGGAAAUGGAUACCUAUAGGCCUAAGUCGAUUGAAAGGAAAUAAGACAACAAGGAAAUAAAACAGCAUUUUUUUUUUUAGAAUAUCUGUUUUUAGAUAUGGUGUCCAAAAUCUAAUUUGCUCUACAAAAGCUAAGAUUAGCAUGAUGCUAGUCUCCUUCCCACUUUUUUUUUUUCUCAGGAGUCCAUGUGACUUCUAGGAUAUUGCAUUGAAAUCUCCAUGACUUGUAUAUAAGGCGGAAAUUGAGCGAUUAAAUUAUUUCAUAAAGGUGCUUGACAUUUUUGUCUUCUCAUUCUGUGACUGCAUCUGACUUUUUCUUAACAAAUUAAUUUAAAAAAGGGCAGCGUUCCUUGAUACACUUUCUCAAAAGAUGAAAAUCAUCAUAGGAUGACGACUGCUUGACUGCUUCAAUCAGUGGGCUGAGUUCUCACAUUUUGGGAGAAAUUAAAAUGGGGGAAAAAAAUAUAUUUUUGUGAGCGUUUGUAUUCAUCUUGCAUUGAUACAUUUUACAUUGCGUGCCAACUGCUAAGGAGCUCUGGGUAUAGUUAUUUGCUCCUCUAUUGCCACCUCGUGGGCAUCAGAAGACAGACUCUUAAAUGGAACUAUGUACCAGCAGGCAUUUUCCCUUAAUUUAUUCCAGUUUUUAUGUUGUUGCUCUUUUUUUUUUUUUUUUUAUACAUACUGCUACAAAAUUAUGUAUUUAUUACUUAUGAAAGAGACCAAUUACUUCAUUUCAUUUGAGCAUUGUAAGAAGGUGUAUGCUUACUUGGUGUUGUACAGUGCAUUCACACUGUUUUGGGAAAAGAACCUGUUUAGAUAUUUGGUGCAAAUCAUUUUUCAAAUUAUCAACCAUAUCUGUAUCUUGCAUUGUGGGUGAGAACAAAAUGAAUCUGUUGAACCUUGGUAUGCGAGCAGUGUAUUUUGUAAUAAGAAGAUUCAAAAUGCCUGCCCAUGUUUCCAUUUGUGUUCUGUUAAAACCAAUUUAAUUUUACCUCAGGGUGUCUUGUUCAUAGUAUUUGGGGGGUAAAUGGUGAAUCUGGCCUUUGGAAACUAGUUUUGUUUGAACUGACCUUGUCUCUUGUUACUUUCUAAAUAUCUUGUUUCGUCAACAUUGUAAAUCAUCAACAGUAUAAAGUUUUGCUGUCUCAUCAAACUGAAGCACUGAAACACUGUCUGAACUGGUGCUGUGUAUAGUAAGAGGAAACAAAUUGAGAUGGCCACAGUGUGUGGAGAUUUGUACCUUUUUUACGUUUAAAUGUAUUUGGCUACUCAUCUUUUUUUACAAAGAAUUUAAGAGUAUUUAUUUUUGUAAGAUAAAUCUUAAUCAACAGAAUUUUUGCAAUUAAUUGUACCAACAAUGUGUAUGAGUCACUAUUGAAAGAGGGCAUCAGCCUCACAUUUUGUUAGAUAUACAGUGUGUGUGUGUGUGUGUGUGUGGGUUUUUUUUUUUUUUUUUUUUUUUUUUUGAGGUAGUUUACUCUGGUUUUGCUUCAUGUGAAAGACCUCAGGUAAUUAAGUUAGAGUUCAAAGUUUUGGCUUCACUUUGAUGAAUGCCAAAUAUUGUAAUCUCAAAGGUCAGGUAUUUUCGGUUAAAUUAGCUGUUUUAUCUAAUCUGAUAUACCUGUAUUUCGUGUAAAAUUUCAGUAUAAGUCUGGUUACCUGUGGUAAAUAUCCCUAUGAAAACGAAAUCUUUUUUUUUUUUUUUUGGUCUUCCUUUUUGUUAAAUGUUCUCAUUAAAACAUUUAAACAACUUCAGCUUGCAUGUCCUACAAAAAUGUUCAGGCAAUAAUAACGCACAUUCCACUGGCUUCCAGGACUUUUCAUGAUGGUUUUCAUUCACUUUGCCACUAAAAUGACUUGAGUUACAGGAAUAGCAGCUCAGGGCUUUUUCUGAUUAACAGCUUUGAUACUGAUUAUUAAGGGCUUCGAAUGAACGGCUUCAAUCAGUCCAAAGGUGGACACAUUGAGCCAGCAAAUGAAAUCACAAAGUUGUUGUGAAAUACCUUUGAGUAUUCUAAUGAACUUUUUGAAUGAAUUUGGGGUAUUUUUAACAUGCUGUUACUGUAUGGCAUCAGCCAAGGUAUUCUUAGAUUAAAUAUUUCAAACAAAGACACUCAAGCAGCAUUAGUUUUAAAAACUAUGAGGCCAUUGAUGUAGCACCUGUUGUUUUCUCUUAACAACUGAUCCUAAUUUGUUAUGGUGCUAUAUGACUGACCAGGAUUUGGGCUAAAGUGCAUAUGUCUUGCAGUUGGAACGUUGUUGCUCAUACCUUUGAGGGCGAGAUGUUUGAGGGAAUGGAGCUUUUUGUUUCUCUCACUAAAGAAAAACCAUGCUAACCAUGUCCUGCAUAGCUAUGUUACACUACACUGUUUUUAUUGUUACUCUUUCCUAUCUCUAACACAAUAAAAUAUCUAAAUAUGCUUAAUCAAAAUUGAAAACAUUGCUGGCCUGCAGGCAGGGUUUGUACCAUGCAGUGCUUGUACAGUAUUUAUUUGGCAUUCUCGGUUGUGUUUUCUGUUUUCUGGUCUUGCAACAAUCGAGUGUCUUUGUUUAAAGUGUGUCCUUUAUCAUUUUCAGUGCCCUAAACUGUUGACUUUUAUAUGGUCGUAUAAUUUUGUUUAAUAUUUUGUGACACUGUAAUCCACAUAGCUCUUUGAAUUAGGAUUUUCAGUUGUACAAUGUGGCCUGUAAAUAUUAAAAAGUUCUACA